AAUGGUUAUUUUUAGCUUAAGUAUCAGAGGUGUUGACAGAAAGUGUCAGGGAGAGAAGGCUGUAUUGUCCAGCGGUUGUCCUUGACCAGUCCAUUGAUCAAAGGUCGAGGAAGUAGACGAAGAGCGUGACAAAAUCUCGUGAUUUUCCCUGGAACGUGUUCGUCUAUAAAAGCCCAUUCUCCGCGAGUAACCGAAGGGACAUACACUGCAUUAUAGCAAUCAAAGCAUCAUUUGAAAAAGCCAUGGCGGAUAGUGUUGCUGAUUCCGCUCUGAAAUAUCUCGGAGACCCUGCCAUGGCUGCAGGGCUUGGAGCAGUAGCCUUGGCGUCGAUGUACUACCUUGCGUCACGUCCGACGCCUCAGCCUUGUCCCGUUGAUCCUCAGCAACAGUCUUUUGAGUUACCGGAUGGUGAUUAUGCCAGAAUGAAUUCUCUAACUACAGAACUUGUGGAAAAAUUAUUUGAUGACGUGAACACAAGCCAUGAAGCUUUCCUUCGAGGCGUGAGAAUAUCAGGUGAUAAACCAUGUUUGGGUUACCGCAGCAGUCCUGGAGGACCUUAUGCCUGGCUUACCUACAAUGAGGUUGGUUGUCAGUUCUUAGAUCCUAGACAGUUAACUGGGAGAUCUACUGUUGGCCAGCAGAUGAUCGCUGAGGGCAUGCGUAGUUGUGCCUUUGCUGUGCAGUUUUGCCCUCAUGGUUUUGCUCUGCCUUGCUUUGUUGCUUUGUCUUUGGUUUUCCCCAUCCCACCCGCCUCUUGGUUCAUGCUGGGCCCUUGUGUCUUGAAUGAGCCAGCUGACGGUGGCCAUGUGUUUGUUGGUGUUUAUGCUCCAAAUAAAAUUGAGUGGGUGCUUGUGGAGCAAGCCUGCAACAUGUAUUCCAUGACCAUUGUUCCGUUGUAUGAUACGCUUGGCCCAGAAUCAUGUGCCUACAUCAUCAACCAAGGUAACUCAUGCAAAACUGCUUUUUACCAGUUAUGUACUGAGCAACUAAAACCACUCAGGAAUCCCAAAGGAGCCAUGAUCACUCAUAAAAAUGCGAUUGCAAUGCUGUCUGGUCUUGUGUAUCUUGUUCAAGAGUGUGGAAUAAUUAUUAGUGAAGAAGAUGUUCACAUAUCGUAUCUUCCCUUGGCUCACAUGUACGAGCGACUUGCUCAGUACUCUAUUGUUCAUGGGUGAUUAUGUUCCANUGGUGGUAAAGUAGGAUUCUUUGGUGGCAAUGCAAGGAACAUUCUAGAAGACCUGCAAGCUCUUAAACCAACUAUUUUCAUCUCGGUUCCUCGAGUGUUAAACAGAGUGUAUGAUAGAGUUAUAAAACAGGUUUCAUCCAGUCCGAUUAAGAAUUUUCUUUUUAACAUGGCCAUGCGCUCCAAGAAGGCAGAACUAGACAGAAAUAUUGUACGGAAGGACAGCAUCUGGGAUUAUCUAGUGUUCAGAAAAAUCCAGAAUUCACUUGGCGGAAGGGUUCGAUUCCUCAUCUCUGGUUCUGCUCCACUCCGCGAUGAUGUUAUGAUCUUCCUGCGAUGCGCCCUUGGUUGUCAGGUGUUUGAAGGUUACGGUCAGACUGAGACCACGGCUGCUGCCACCUUGCAGAUGAUUGGUGAUCAGACUUACGGUCACGUGGGUCCUCCGUUGCCAUGCAACAAAAUAAAACUCGUCGACGUUCCAGAGAUGGAAUAUUACGCCAAGGACGGAAAAGGCGAGGUGUGCUUUUACGGGCCGAAUGUGUUCAAGGGAUACCUGUAUGACGAGGAGAAGACGAAAGAAAGCAUUGACGAGGAUGGCUGGCUUCACUCGGGGGACGUGGGGGAAUGGCAACCAAAUGGCACGUUGAAGGUGAUAGACCGAAAGAAACAUAUCUUCAAACUGUCGCAGGUAAAGUUCAACAUUUCUACUAGUUUUUAUGAAAUAACCAAGAUACUACUCGCGCUUUCAUUUGUCGGUAGGUGUGUUCAUAUCCCAUCACGUCUUUCCACUGGUAUUUUAUUUUGUUACGUGCCUUUCCUGACAGCUUUAUUUUUCUCUUUACCCAAGUCCUGUCUGAUAGCUGUGGUCGUGCCAGAGAAGGAUCCCGUUCAGAAGUGGGCGGAUAAGAAUGGCGUCGAAGGAGACAUGGAUUCAUGGUGCACCAAUGAGAAAGUAAAUAAGGCCAUUUUAGAUCAGAUGAUCGCAGAGGGUAAGAAAGAGCAGCUCAAGUCAUUUGAACAGGUCAAGGCGAUUUCUCUGACACCAGAGAUAUUCACAGUAGAAAAUGGCCUUCUCACACCAACACUGAAGUUCAAGCGUCCAGCACUUAAGACACACUUUAAACAGACAUUUGAGGACCUCUACAGCACAAUACCAGAGUAAAUAACACUAAAUAUAUCCCUGCGCGACAAGACGAUAAGUUAAAAGUCAGUCUUGAUCCAUAAGUCCGAGCGAAUGGGUUGGUCUCUAUGCACUUUUUUAUAAAGUUGUUUUAUGAAUAUCAGAUGACACAAUUUGAUUUUAAAUUAAAGUAGUCUCGUGAAAUAAGCAUGUGGAAGGAGGGUAAAUAGGUUUGAUUCUAGGUUGGCAAUGUAAGACAUGAAUCAGAAUUGAACAGGAAUUUUCUUAUCAUACGUUCACAAGGCAUUUGAAUGCUUUCUUGUUUAAGAAUGUGAAAUUACUUUUAUAUAUUCACCAUAGUACUUUAGUGCCUACGGAAACGCUUUCCAGCUCGUCACGCGCUCAAAAAGCGUCUUUAUAGCAGGCUACGUUUAGUACAGAACGGUCUUUUCUAACGACUUUUGUAAAUCCAAAGUCACUGUAAUCACAUCACACUCGAAUUGUCAUGGGUCAAAUACACACGUGGAAAACCUUGCAGCCUGUGAAAAGCGCGGGAAAAUU